GCCGGCGGCGGUGCCAUGCAGAGCCCUCCGGGCGCUGGGGACGGGGCCAUCCCUGCCACCCCCUGUCCCAGCGGGGCUGCGGGGACCCUCCCCGAGCUCCCUGACCGGCCGUGCCCUCCCCGCAGCGGCUCCCGCCGUGACGGCCGAGCUCGGAGCCCCGGCCCCGCAGCCCCGACGGGAGGGGGGGCUCGGCCCGGUGCCCCCUGCCCCCUCUGCUCGCCGGCCAUGGGCAGCCACGAGAAGGACCCGUGCUCUCCGAAGAGAGCCCUGUCCCGCUCCAACAGCACCGUGUCCUCCAAGCACAGCAGCGUCCAGCAGGGCUCGGAGAGCUGGGAGGUGGUGGAGGAGCCCCGGGGCAGCCCCGGGCAGCAGCCGCAGCGGCACGAGGGGUACCUGCUCAAGAAGAGGAAAUGGCCCCUGAAGGGCUGGCACAAGCGGUACUUCGUGCUGGAAAACGGGAUCCUGAAAUAUUCCACCACGCGCCAGGACGUCCUCAAGGGCAAACUGCACGGUGCCAUCGAUGUCCGGCAGUCCGUCAUGUCCGUCAACAAGAAGGCACAGAGGGUUGACCUGGACACGGAGGACAACAUUUAUCACCUCAAGAUCAAGUCCCCGGAGGUGUUCUCCAGCUGGGUGAGCAGCCUGUGCUCCCACCACCACGGCGAGCGGCCGGGGCCGUGUCCCCCGGGGGGUCCCGCGGGGACCAGCACGCAGGGCCAGUGGACGCGGAUGCUGCCCUCGGGCAGUGCCCCUGCCCUGUCCACGCUGGCCAGCUCCCGGGACAAGGUGAACGCCUGGCUGAAGGACAGCGAGGGGCUGGAGCGCUGCUCGGCCGAGCUGUCGGAGUGCCAGGCCAAGCUGCAGGAGCUGACGGGAAUGCUCCAGCACCUGGAGGCCCUGCACCGCAUCCCCUCAGCCCCGCUCAUCUCCGGCGGCCAGCCCUCGGCCGCCACGGAGAGGCCCAAGAAGGGCCGGAGGAGCACCAAGAUCUGGUGCACGCAGAGCUUUGCCAAGGACGACACCAUCGGCAGGGUGAGGGCGGGCCGCCUGCACGGCUCUGUCCCCAACCUGUCGCGCUACCUGGAGCCGUCGCAGAGCCAGCUGCCCUUCAGCGUGCCCCCGGAGUACAGCCAGCUGCAGCGCAGCUUCUGGGUGCUGGCCCAGAAAGUGCACGGCUCGCUGAGCAGCGUGGUGGCCGCGCUGGUGGCCGAGAGGGCCCGUCUGGAGGAGAUGCGGCAGGCGCUGGACCGGCAGUGCCCGGCCCCACGGCCCGGCAGCGCCGGCACCGCCGGGCCCGCCCUGCGCCGCUUCCACUCCCUGUCCGUGUCCUCCGACACCACGCUGGAUUCCUUUGCCUCGCUGCACCCGGAUGAGCCGGACGCGCUGCCCGCCAAGGGCCGGGAGCAGCAGCUCUCCAACCGCAGCAUCGUCUCGCUGGCCGACUCCCACACCGAGUUCUUCGAUGCCUGCGAGGUUUUCCUCUCCGCCAGCUCCUCUGAGAACGAGCCCUCGGAGGACGAGUCGUGCAUCAGCGAGGUCACCACCAGCGUCUGCGAGGAGCCCACCGAGCCGGGGGGGCCGGGCCGCCCCUCGACAGGAGCGGAGCGCCCGGGGCUGCCGGCGGAGCCGCCGCCGCUGGAGCCGCCGCUGGAGCUGCCGGGGCCGGACCCGCGGCGCAGGAGCCGCCUGCCCGCGCCCCCCGCGCCCUCGGGGGACGUGAGCCUGUGGGGGCUCCUGCGGAGCAGCGUGGGCAAGGACCUGUCCCGCGUGGCGCUGCCCGUGCAGCUGAACGAGCCGCUGAACACCCUGCAGCGGCUCUGCGAGGAGCUGGAGUACAGCGAGCUGCUGGACAGGGCCAGCCGCGCCCGCGACCCCCGGCAGCGCCUGGUGUACGUGGCCGCCUUUGCCGUGUCUGCCUACGCCUCCACCUACUACCGGGCGGGCAGCAAACCCUUCAACCCCGUGCUGGGCGAGACCUACGAGUGCGUGCGGCCCGACCGCGGCUUCCGCUUCAUCAGCGAGCAGGUCUCCCACCACCCUCCCAUCUCCGCCUGCCACGCUGAGUCCGACAACUUUGUCUUCUGGCAAGACAUGAGGUGGAAGAACAAAUUCUGGGGCAAAUCCCUGGAGAUCGUCCCCAUGGGCACCGUCAAUGUCCAGCUGCCCAGGACCGGGGACCACUACAAGUGGAACAAGGUGACCACGUGCAUCCACAACGUGCUGAGCGGGCCCCGCUGGAUCGAGCACUACGGCGAGGUGCUGAUCCGCAACACCCGCGACGCCUCCUACCACUGCAAGCUCACCUUCUGCAAGCCAAUGACUGCACCGAGUUCCAGAAAGCUCCUCCCAUCACUCCUGGCCCCACCCUGCCAUAGCCACACCCUCUCCCCUAGCCCCGCCCUCCCCGCUGACCCCGCCCCUGGCGCAGGCGCGGUACUGGGGCGCGGGGGCCAACGAGGUGCAGGGCGCCGUGCUGAGCCGCAGCGGGACGGCCGUGGAGCGCCUGGCGGGCAAGUGGCACGAGGGGCUGCGCCGCGGGCCCGCCCCGGGCCAGUGCGUCUGGAAAGCCAACCCCAUGCCCCGCGACCACGAGAGGAGCUACGGCUUCACGCAGUUCGCGCUGGAGCUGAACGAGCUGACGCCGGAGCUGCGCCGGGUGCUGCCCUCCACGGACACGCGCCUGCGGCCGGACCAGCGGUACCUGGAGGAGGGGAACGUGCCGGCGGCCGAGGCGCAGAAGCGGCAGAUCGAGCAGCUGCAGCGGGACCGGCGCCGCGUGAUGGAGGAGAACAACAUCACCCACCAGGCCCGGUUCUUCAGGCGUGUGACAGAUGCCAGUGGCAAGGAGUCGUGGGUCACCAACAACACCUACUGGAAGCUGCGCCUGGACCCCGGCUUCUCCCACCUGGACAGCGCAGUGCUCUGGUAGACCCCAGCCCGGGGGGUGCUGAGCCCCCCCAGCUCCUCACAGCAGUGCCCAGCAGUGGGGCUGGUCCCCCCAGCACUGGGGGUGCAGACCCCCCCCCCCCCCUUUCCGAGCCAUUUUGCCGCUGUUUCAGUAAAACUGUGAUGUAAAAAUGGGAGGGGGGCACUGGCAAUGCCUCCCCCCCGCCCCGGGGCAGCGCCUUGGGGACACCUGAGGCACUUUGGGGCAGGGGCUGGCAGUGCCCCCCUGCCCUGGGGGCACAGGAUGAUAAGGGGGGGGUUAGGGGGUCGCAGGGUGCCCGCGGGCGGGAAGACCCCACUGCCCCCCCCCCAAAUUGUGCACAGGGGCUGCUCUAAUAAAGGCUGUGAAGAGUU